AGAACCUAUUGUACCCGAGUAGGCUUUGUUUGGAUGCAAGGCUCCUGCUCAGUUGCCCCCACAAUUACAAGAUGACCGUUUCCUCUCGUUUGACGAUUAUCUUUAGAGCAGAAGUGGUCGCAAAAGAACGGAGCGGAACCGUUGUGUCCAAACAGAGCCAUUUUAGCCAUUGGUAAGUAGAGCGAGCUACAGUAUUACGGAAUCCUGUUGUCCCGAAGCGGGCUCUUUCAAAGAUGUGCACCAUUCGCCAUCCCUUCCUCCCAGGAGCAAGUACUGUACAGUACAUGCACGGUACUGUACCAGGACUACGGCACUCCACGACCCCCCAGUACCGACCAGUGAGUCAGUGACUGCAUCCACAUACCAAUAGGCUCCCACCUGGCCUAGAAAAAGUUAUUAAUGAUCAAUACCAAGACUGGCUGCAUGCGGCAAUGUUCGUCUUCUUCAAUUCUAUUCAAUUCCUCGGGGUUGGGGUUGGGGUAGCGUUGCGAUUAUAGGCAAGGUUCGUGAACUCACGACAUAUGCCGCUCAAUGGAGGGCGCUUUUAUACUCGUAUGAUACAGGCAACCAAAUAAGACGAUGUAGGUAAUGGUUCAUAGAGCCAUCAGUGCUUUUAUAAUAAAUACCUGCUCUCCUGCAACUAUGGAGAGGCCAUCCGGCUCUUUGCCCCCCAGAUCACACGCAAUCAUAUCUUUCCAUUGAUCAAGAUAUCCGAAACGGGAGCAAGCGAUAUGUACUUCCCAAUAUCAGUUCUCACCCUUCUCGCGGCCCUAACUUUGCCGUUCACAGCCCAAGCGAGCGACCAAACUUUCACUCGGCUCAGGAAGAACGACACCGUUUUUCUUGUUGUUGACCAUCAGCUUGGUUUGUUCUCUCUUGUCCGGGACUUCGCGCCAGACCAAUACAGGAACAACAUCCUUGCACAUGCUGCUCUCCCGAAAGUGUUCAACAUUCCGACCAUCUUGACUACGAGUGCCGAGACUGGGCCCAAUGGACCACUUCCGCGGGAGAUCGUCGAGAUACAUAAAGGGGCUCCCUUCAUCAAGCGUAAUGGUGAAGUCAAUGCUUGGGAUAAUGCUGAUUUCCGCGCUGCUGUCAAAGCUACGGGGAAGAAACAAAUUGUUCUUGCUGGCAUCACAACCGACGUGUGCACUGCUUUCCUUGCCCUCUCUCUGAGGGCCGAGGAAUAUGAGGUUUUUGCCAAUUCUGACGCAAGCGGAACAUUCGAUCAACGGCUCGCGGACGAAGCCAACGACCGUAUGAGAGCUGCCGGUGUUACCACCAUGGGAAUGUUUGCGAUUUCGAUGGAUCUCAUGAGAGACUGGAGAAACACCCCUGGGACUUCCGAGCUUCUUCCAUUCUUCGAUAAAUACCUCACAGCAUAUGCAUUCUUAGCAAGGGCUCACGGAGCUGCCGUCACCAACGGGACCCUCUUGCCCUCCGAAGCAACAAGCUAAGUGCCAGGACUGGUCAGUCCUUGACAUGGGAACCGUUGAAACCCAUCUUUCAAAACUCCCUGUUUCUCCUCUGCUUGUCAAUUUCUAGCCAAGUUCAAAUCCUGUGAUCAGACUAUUUGUGCCUACCUUCUCGAUACUCUGUAACCCCCUGCAAUAUAUCGUAAACUCUUCUCAGAA